UCUUUUAAGGUUUCUCUAUCUGUCUCCAUCAAUCUUUGAUUAGAUAAUGAGCAAUAAUUAGUUUAGAGAUUACGAUAUGUUGUGAUGAAUUGUCUUGGUUUAUUGCUGUAUUUCGGUGAGUUCGGUAAUUAGGGCAUGAACUAGAGAUGGGAAAGACUACUAGAAAAUGUAGAAAACGUAGGCAGAAUACUAAUGAAUUUACUGCGUAUUCACUUUAGUGGUGAAAGAUUUAAGGCAUUCACAUUCAGGGGCUAAAAUUGUGAUAUGUAAUGUAGUGGCGGAAAUAAUUGGAUUUCGUUUAAAGGUCUAUGAAAUAGGUCUUCCUUCUUGACGAAUGGACCAAAAAAUCACUGAUCAUGUGUAACAUUAUCGUUUUUUCCGAUUGAAGCCAAUAUCUAUUACCUAAGUUGAUUUGUUAUUCUGUUUGGUUACAAGUCUAGAAUGGGAUGGAGGAAUUUAAUUGUACGAAUUCCCUUGUCUUGUUUUUGGUUCCACUAUGUGGUUUGGCCAAAAUGGGAGACGAUUUGAACAUCUUUCAAUUUUAACUUGCGCACAAAGGGUAGUGUGUUUAAUAUGGUCACUUAACUUGCUGGUAAUGAUGCUUCAGUGUGCUCAGUUUAGCAUGUAAAUUUGGUGCUUCGUUAAGACUCUGACUAAGUCAUGUUUUAGUUGUGGAAGUUCCUAUAUACAUUUGUCUUCUUGUUAGUAUUGUUUCACUGAACAGUGACGAAGCAUUGGUCUAGAAGCCGUAGCUGCGGUGGUGCAAGUUCUUUAGAGUGCUGCAUGCAAAUACAUUUGAAUGAGCUAUGGGGCUUGAUGCUUUAAACCACAUCAGUUAUCCUGCUCAUGCAUGUCCUAGGAAAAUCUUCUAAAACGAUCCCAGGUGAGCCUUUUAGCUCUACAGAAAUGAUAAAAAAGAAACCAUGCUCACAGACUACUUUAAAGACAGUAAGCAAGCUGGGUCGCCCUAAUACACCCCUUGGUUAUGGCGUAUGCUUCUUGAACUUGACCUUUGAUGGGUUCACACAUGCUAUUCAGGAUUCAGUAACAGCAAGGUACGCUGGUUUUAUAGCGAAGGAUCGCUUUCUUGUUGUUAUAUAUCAGAAACUUCUCUCUACCUAUUAUAGAGGACAACAACUGACUUUAGCAGCUUAGCAGUUUCUUUCUAGCUUCAUUGAGGAUACGACUAUCAAAACUGAUGCGAGGCGGAAAGUUAUAAUUAGAAAGAAUGAAAAGCUUGAAUUUCGGAUUUACCCAACUCUUCGAUUUAAAUUUUGAUUGAUAAAAAGAGUAUAAACAAUCAGUCAAAAUAUUUUCUUCUGCCGGAGAUUCUCCUCCUGUAACUUGAAAUUUCUACCCAAUUAUUGCCUUAUUGGAAAUCUACGAGAUCAUGUGAGGAAUCUAGUUGAAUCCCUAGAACUAGAUGUUCUAAUAGAGGGGUAGUUAUACGGUUCCCUGAUUAUACCAAUACUUGUUAUGUAAUCGAUAUUUUGAAAUUGUUUAGGAAAUAGGGCGCAAGUGUAAUUUUUCAUAAAGAUGUGAAAUGAUCCACAAUGCAUCAAAACCCAUUUAAUUAUAUUAAGAUAUUCUUGCACA